UAAACCUUCCCAUCUUCCGAAAUAAGUGUUCAGGAAACGCCCCUCAGAAGUUCGUAGGCUUUGACAUAAAACCGGAAAAACAGAUAAUUCCUGAGACUAAACUUCAUAACAACAAGUAGGGAUGUCUGCAGGGACCUCUUUGCGCUUGCUGAAUCAGAUUAAUCAGUUCUUAGGACUGCUUCCGAUGGUUGACCAUGAGCGAGAAUUUAUCAGAUGUAACGAAUGCUUCAGAUGUCUCUCCAUUGAAGAGGACAAGGACUGAAACGCACUCAGAAGAUGACCCUCUCGUCCUUAAAUUCGCUAAACUCUCUGAGCUGGCAACGACUCCAACGAGGGGUUCUCCCAGAGCUGCAGGCUACGACCUUUACAGUGCUUACGAGUACACCAUUGAACCUAUGGACAAGGCCCUGGUGCGUACGGAUUUACAGAUUGCGGUUCCUCACGGCUACUAUGGUAGAGUAGCACCCAGAUCUGGACUGGCAGUAAAGAACUUCAUUGAUGUUGGUGCCGGAGUUGUCGAUGAGGAUUAUAGAGGCAAUGUUGGAGUUGUGCUCUUCAACUUCGCCAAGACUCCCUUUGUGGUGAGGAAGGGUGACCGGAUAGCUCAGCUGAUCUGUGAGAAGAUCUGCUACCCAGAGCUAGUGAUGCUGGAGACCCUUGACGAGACACAACGCGGAGCUGGGGGCUUUGGGUCAACUGGAGCCAACUGAAAUGAACAUGUAUAAAGUACAAAAUUAUGAAUUGGUGGAGUUAUGUGAAUUAAAUAUUUGUUUUAUAUUAUUUGUUUUCAUUGGUAUGCUUUUUUCUAACAAUAUAUCUGUGCAUUAA